CUCAAUCAUAUUCAAUAUCUCAUUAUUCCACAAAAUUGCACUAAAAAAUGAUGUACAACAUAAACCAAAAACAAAGCCAAAUUUCAAGAACAAGUCCAUCAACACCUCUAACUAUGAUGAACAAGAAUUCACAAAAUAUAUUCAAAUUGAAGCCAAAAAUUCGAAUAAUUCACAUAUUUGCACCUGAGAUUAUCAAGACUGACGUGGCGAAUUUUCGAGAACUUGUGCAAAGACUCACAGGGAAGCCAUCAGAGAUCAAGAAGAACAACAACAAUAUCAAGAAAAGAUCAAGAAUUAGUACAAAUAAAUUAGUUCCAAACAAAUUGGAACUAAUUAGGAGUGGAUAUAAUUGUAAUUAUUCAUCAGAGUUAAUGAGAGAAAGGAUAAAAGGAGAAGAACAAGAUGAUAUAUGGAGAAAUGCCAAUUAUGGAGGAGGAUAUUUGGGUGGAUUUCAAGAAUUUGAUGGUUUCAUGCAAGAGUUUAAUCAACUUCCAUUACUCCCUUUGGAUGAUAAUAAUAGUAGUAAUCAUUUGGAUGCUUAUGGAGAAUCUCCAAUAGCUAUUGAGUUGAGUGAUACGUGAAUUACUCAAAAAAAAUAUAUUCUGACAGUCGAAUUGAGACAAUUCGUGAGACAGUUCAAUUUUCUAGACCUAUGGAUAGUUAAUUAUUAGCUUGAGAGAGGAAUUUAAUUUGAUUUAUUGGUGUUAGCCUAAUGAGUUAUUAAUUUUUUUAAUUUUCUAAUCUUUUUCUUUUGUUUCAUUGUUUUUUUUAGAGUUUAACUUAAUUAAUUAGUAGUCUUCUUGGUUAAGCCAAUUCUUGAUCAUUAUUCCCAAUCUUCUUUUCUGGCUAAUUAAGUCAUGUUGAAGUAUCUUCAAUUAUGUUAAGAUCAAUUAAGAGCUUUGUUGUAUAUA